UCCCCUUGAACCUCAAUGACCUCGAGGUCCUCUCUGUCCCCCUUUGACCUCCACGUCCACCUGGAUGUCUUCUCCAGGUUGAAGCAGGACCGGCCGGUCAAGGCUGGUCAAUACGAUGGUCUGGUGGAACUGGCCACCAUCUGCGCCCUCUGCAACGACUCCUCGCUGGACUACAACGAGUCCAAAGGUGUCUACGAGAAGGUCGGGGAGGCCACCGAGACGGCCUUGACCUGCCUGGUGGAGAAGAUGAACGUCUUCAACACCGACGUCAGGAGCCUCUCCAAGGUGGAACGCGCCAACGCCUGCAACGCCGUGAGUGUCACCUGGGCCACCACCCCGGACAUCUUCUGGGUCACCUGGAGAAGGUCCUGGUGUCCCUAUUGGGUUUGGAGGUCUCCAUGGUCUGGUGUCCCAUGGAGAAUCCAGAAGUUAGCCGCCGUGGGCAACAAGAUGUUCGUCAAGGGUGCCCCCGAGGGCGUCAUCGACCGCUGCAACUACGUCCGCGUGGGGACCACCAGGGUUCCUCUGACCCCGGCGGUCAAGGAGAAGAUCCAGAGCGUCAUCAAGGAGUGGGGGACGGGCAGGGACACCUUGCGCUGCCUGGCCUUGGCCACCAGGGACACCCCACCCAAGAAGGAGGACAUGGUCCUGGAGGACUCCUCCAAGUUCUCCGAGUAUGAG